AUGCCCAACGGGUCAAAUGUAGACUGGUCCAGGUACGGACUCGGUAGCGAUGAUUCAUCACCAACCGAACGGAACCGGGCCGGACACGGUCGAACCGGCGGUGGCAGUGGAGGCUUUGUCGAUCUCGGCAACGAGUACGAUUACGGUGCCGGAGGACACCACGCGUCCGGCCGGGAUGAGAUCUUCGCCGAGGACCAGGGCGAUAAGCCGUGGUGGAGGAGUAACUUCUUCAUCUCCCAGCCCGUCCUGUUCGGCACGUGGGAUGGUGUGUUCACCUCCUGUCUGAUCAACAUCUUUGGCGUUAUCGUGUUCUUGCGUUCCGGAUGGAUCGUGGCUGAAGCGGGCAUCAUGCACGCCAUACUGAUCAUUUUCUGUGCGGUUGGUAUUGCGCUCGUGUCAGUGCUAUCAGCUGUCGGCAUUUGCGAACGCUGUCGGGUGGAGAGCGGUGGCGUGUACUUCCUGAUCGCCCACACGCUCGGGUCUCGGUUUGGCGGGUCCCUUGGGCUGCUGUACUGCUUUGGUCAAGCCGUGGGCUGUGCGCUGAACGUGCUCGGCUUUGGAGAGUCCAUCGCGGGACUGGUCGGGCUGGAGGGCAAUCAGUGGGCGAUUCGUGGCUUUGCAAUUACCGCUGUCCUGCUGCUCGGCGUGAUCAAUGUGGCAGGAGUUAAGUGGGUUGUGAAGCUACAGUUCGCCCUGCUAAUCGUGAUUCUGAUGUCAGCGUUGGAUUUCAUGGUCGGCAGCUUCAUCGGUGAGGCACCCGAGCACGGAUUCGAAGGCUGGGGUUCGGGCAAUAUGGCAGCAAAUCUCUGGUCCGCUUACACAGACGGUACGUCCUGGUUCACCGUGUUCGGAGUGUUCUUUCCGACGAUCACGGGCAUUCUGUCCGGGAUCAACAUGAGCGGCGACCUGCGCGCACCAUCGACGGACAUCCCGAACGGAACGCUGGCCGCCCUCAGCACGUCCACGUUCCUGUACAUGGUGUUCAUACUGUUUCUCGGGGCCACCUGCCAACGGAAGCACUUGCUGACGGAUUAUCAGAUCGCGGUCAAAGUCUCCGCGGUGGAGUUUUUGCUGCUGGCCGGCAUCUACGUGUCCAGCAUGUCUUCAUGUCUCGGUGCGAUGUACGGAACGCCGCGCGUCCUGCAGAGCAUCGCCAACGAAAACGUCAUCCCCGGCAUCGGCAAGUUGGGCAAGGGUCGCGGACCCAACAAAGUGCCACUGUAUGCGAUGGCCGUUGUGGCCGGUGUGACUACCACAUUCAUCAUCAUAGGCGACAUCAACACGCUAGCACCGAUUGUGACGAUGCCUUUCCUGCUCACGUACGCCUGCAUCGACUACUCGUACUUUGCGCUAGCACAAACGUUUGAUAUACAGAAUAACCGCGAGGAGCGAUUCCGGAUACAGGCGCAGAGCCCGCUGUACGAGACGAGAAAUUACGGUGCCACCGGGGACUACCACGAAAAUAACGAUCUCGAUCAGCUGUUCCCGGAACGCACGCGUCACAAAAACCUUGGAACCCCAACCAAUUCACCGCAGCAUGUGCCUUCAACUGCAGCUACGAGCACGGUACGCAAUCGUGAAUCUGUCGACCGGUCGCAGCAACCCAACGGAAUACCUCACAGUGCGUCAGUUACCAGUGCCGAUUCGGAAGUUGUCUUCCGGGACGGUACGAAUAACACCAACAACACCAACUCUAUAAGCGAGGCAGACGACGAGCCCAUCGCCCCGAUUCGGCCACCAAUUCAUUCGAAAACGAAAAACUGGUACUCCGGUUUCUGCAACCGAUGGGCGUCGCUGUUGGGCGCUGGAAUUAAAAUACUCGUUAUGCUCCUUGUAAACUGGGUGUAUGCUUUGGUUUGCAUCGCCACCGUUCUCAUCGUUUGGUUCUACGUCGGUACUGCGAAUCCAGCGGUGAAGCCAGGACUUGCGCAUGAGUUCAGGUUCUUCGUAUGGCUGAAAAAUGUCGUCUUUCGCUGUUUUGGAAAACGUGUCCAUGACUACGAGCAAGUCGUGGUGACUCAAACUUGUCCAAACGUAAACCUCGCGUCAGCCCAAUUGAAUGAGGAAAACGAAGACUUUGCCUCCCGUCGGCGGUACCAUCAGACUGCGGUCGUACAGGGUCGCUACGUGGAUGAGGUAUGAAUGAAAAUGGAAGCACAAAGCGGUGCCGCGAACGAAACAGCAGACGGGGAAGAAAGCGCGCACCACGUGGGCGGAUGAAUUAACUUAAUAUUAUACCAAACAAACUAACCUACUAGCCAGAGACAGUGGUGGCCCGCCGCCUGUCGAACGAUGUACCCUCGCCACAUGUGUAUCCCGCCGUUGUAAAGUAACUAUAAGAGAGAUUUUGCAGCACUUGCUCGCAAGAAAUCCUCAAAGUAAAUGUGAAACAUAUUCAACUUUAAAAGGGAAUGAUUCGUAACAAGCAAUAUCGAGCAGCACACAUCAAAAGAUCGAGAUAUCGUUUCGAUACAUACAUACACACACGUGAGUGGGCGACGAGUAGAAUUAAAAGGAAAAAUUUAAAUUUUUCGAUCUUAUAAACACAAAAAGUAGUAUAGGAGCAAUUCGAAAUUGUACAUACUAAGGUGGUAUAGUUUCCUUUCUGAUGUGCUGCACCCAAGCGCUAUGUAACAUGUAUGUACAUUGUUUCCCCCUUUUAUAUGAUAUAAUUCCAACAAAACUUAUUUAUGAAUGCAAUUCCUGGCAACAAAUCCUUACACGACUGUUUAGCGGCUGUACCACUAGUGCAUGCUCAAAUGAGAUUAAAAUAAUUUGUCGUUAUUGGCGUUGUUCUAAUGCUUUCAAAAGUACAAGCCUAUUGCUCGUGCACACUUUCCCAGUAAUUGUUUUUCUUUCUUUGGUUCAAAUGCUAGUAUCAGUAGGUAGUUUGCAUAAAUUGAAUCCGAAGUCCCGUGCACGUGUACGGAACAUGAUCUCGGAUAAGUAAAAGCAGCCAGCGCAUACACAUGUUACCUUUCGGGGGCUAGAAAUCGAGAGAACAAUAAGUAUGCAGGU